AUGAUCUCCGACAACGACCUCUACCGUCUCGCCGUCUUCCUCGGCUCGUGCGCCAUGAUGAUGAUCGUCCUCUACCAUUUCCUCGAAGUCAACGCCAAGGACGACAACACCGUAGAGCAAGUUUCGCCGGUCCAGAAGUCGACCGGGGGUUCGACUGCAGCGAGUGUACCGCCGGUACCAGCCACGGGCGGCACAUCAGCAAUCGGUGGGGGGAAGGACCGAUGGGAGAUGUGUGCCCGGUCUACACUUGUUAUCCUGUGA